ACUACUACAUACACUUCAAUAUAUAUGAUGGCAGCAGCCACUAAUGGAGGCAAAUCCAUGUGGCAAGCAUGCUUAGCCUCAGCCUUCCGUACAGCUCUAGCCACCACCAUAGUGGGAUCUGUAACCCUCUUGGGCCCCCAUUCCCUAAAAAAGCUUAUCGAGCUGCCUUCAUUCUCCUAUGUCACGGUGGGAAUAAUCAUCCUCAACGAUGCCACCUUCGGAGACUCCUUGAGAGGCUCCUGGUAUGCUCUUUAUGCAACAAUUCAGAGCAUGGGCCCAGCCAUGCUCAGCUUCUGGAUCAUUGGGCCCAGCCGCUUUACUAAGGAGACGAUAGCGGUGGCAGUGGCCCUGGCCGCCUUCGUUGUGGCGCUACCGGGAGAGAUUACGCAUUUCAUAGCUAAGAGGAUAGCGCUUGGUCAGAUAGUUCUUCUGUAUGUCAUAGCUUACAUCAAUGGUGCUCGUACUCAGCCUCUCAUGCACCCUCUCGGCGUGGCGGCUAGCACCGCCCUCGGAGUGGCGGCCUGCAUUCUCGCCCUGUUGUUUCCCUCUCCGCGUCUUGCAUGCCGUCAGGUGAAAAGGAAUUACAAGCUACUAACACAGAAUACGAUUAAGAGGGUGAAGCUUUUGAUGAAGGCAAUAUGUGAAGAUGACAAGGCCUCUGUAUUCAUGUCAGUUUCUCAAGCCAAGUGUUUCUCAACUACCAAGCUUCUCCAAAUCAUCACACACUACCAAAAAGGCAUGAGGUGGGAGAGACCUCAAACCAAAAUCUUCAGAUCCAAUUGCUUAUAUGCUGUAGAGAAGCUAAAAGAAGUGGAUACCACACUAAGAGGAAUGGAACUGGCUCUAAGAAGCAUCAAUUCAUUUCCAAUAAGCAUGAUCAAUGAAGACAUGAAACAUGGUCUUAAUAGCCUCAUGCAACAAAUUAGCUUAACCAUAAAAGAAACCAAACACAAUUUGCAUGGUGCUUCACUAACUGUCCCUGAACCAAGUGAAAAAAACAUAACCAAUUUUCUCCAUUCCCUUCAAACCAUUCCAACAACCCUACAAGAUUUACCCUUUUAUUUUUACUUGUUUUGCACUAAACUCCUCUACAUGAAAUCUUUAGCUGAGCCUACUCCACCUAGUAUUCAAGACCAACCUACUGAAAAAAAUGGAAAUCCAAAUUUAAAUUCUCCUGAGGGUAACAAAGAAAAUUGGGCUAAGUCUUUGUUGACAACAUUAACAAGCCCAAAACUCAUGGCAUCAUACAAGUGCUCUCUCUCAUUGGGCCUUUCUGUUUACUUGGGCUUAGUAUACAGCAAAAAGGAUGGAUUUUGGGCUGGGCUUCCUGUGGCUGUAACCUAUGCAUCUGGCAGGGAAGCCACAUUUAGGGUAACAAAUCUCAAAGCCCAAGGAACCGUGUUGGGAACAGUGUAUGGAGUUCUCAUUAGCUUUGUCUUUGAGAGGUUCUUGGUACUCAGAUUCUUGUCUCUUUUUCCAUGGUUCCUUUUCACAAGUUUCCUCCAAAGAAGUCAAAUGUAUGGGCCUGCUGGUGGAGUAUCUGCAGCUAUUGGGGCCCUCUUAAUAUUGGGUAGGGAAAAUUUUGGCCCACCAAAAGAGUUUGCUAUUACAAGAAUUGUUGAAACGUUUAUUGGGCUUUCUUGUUCAAUUUUUGUGGAUAUUCUUUUCAGGCCCAAGAGGGCCUCCACAUGUGCAAAAGUUGAGUUGUCCAAUAGUAUUGCCACAGUAGUUGAGUCCUUUGGAUCCUUGUCCAUGCUUCAUGAUUCAUCAAAAACCAAGUUAGAACAAAACCAAAAGAAGCUAAAGGGUCAUGUUAAUAAGCUAAAGAAAUUUAUUGUUGAAGCAGAAGCUGAGCCAAAUUUUUGGUUCUUGCCAUUUCAUGGUGCUUGCUAUAACAAACUCUUAGAAUCUUUGUCAAGAUUGGAUGAUGUAUUGCAACUUGGUUCUCAAGCAUUGAAGUUCCUCCAACAAGAGUUACAAAGAUGUGAGGCAUGUUGGAAAGAGCAUGUGAAUUUGAUAGAAGGUGACAUUGGACAUUUGAAGGAACUCAUUUGCAAUUCAAUGAAGAGUUUUGAGGAGAUUUCUAAAUUGAAAUCUCUUGGGUUUCUUGAGAAGGAGCUUGAGGAGAAGAAGAAGAACACCACUAGUGAUGUUGAAGUGGGAAAGUCAACACCAAAGUCAAGUAUAUGCAUGGUUUCUGGCUUAGGAGAAGAUGACCUUGAGAAAACUUUAGGAUCUUAUCUCCAACAUUCAAGAAAUGCUGUUGACCAUUUAUAUGACGAUGAUGAUGAUGUUGAAGAUGAGAAAGAGUUGAAGAGCCAAGUUGUUUUGAGUUUGAGUGCUUUGGGGUUUUGUUUGAGUGCAAUCAUGAAGGAGACAAUGAAAAUUGAAGAAGCAAUCAAGGAAUUGGUUCAAUGGGAAAAUCCAUCUAGUGUGAUUAAUUUGUAUGAAAUAUCUUGCAAGCUACAUUCCUUGCACAAAUGAAAUACUCACUUGUUAAUUUCAUAAAUGGAAAAUU